CCUGCUCCCGCUCCGUCUCCUCUCCGUCGCCCUGGAAAGCGUCUCGCCAUCUUCUCCCGUCUGCUGUCGCCGGUGUCUGGCUUCCGGGACAGGCUGGUGCGAGACGGGGAAGUGAGUCCGCGUGUCGGGAUGCUUCGCGCUGUGCUCCUGUGCGGGUGUCUGUGGCUGGUGGCUGGUGACGACCACCAUGAAGACUGGAUAGACCCCACGGACAUGCUCAACUACGACGCGGCCUCGGGGACCAUGCGGAAGUCUCAGGUGAAAUAUGGUGUAUCAGGGAAAAGCGAAGGCAGCCCUGACCUGCCCUCUGCCGAGGAAUUGUCAGCAUGUUACAGCAGACUUGAUUUGUUGACUCAUCAGAUUGAUGAGUGUGAGAAGAAGAAGAGGGAAGAUUAUGAAAGUCAAAGCAAUCCUGUUUUUAGGAGAUACUUAAAUAAGAUUUUAAAUGAAGCCAGAAAGCUUGGACUUUCUGAUGAAGACAAAGGUGACUUGCAUUAUGAUGCUGAAAUUAUCCUUAAACGACAAACCCUGUUAGAAAUACAGAAGUUUCUCAGUGGCGGGGAGUGGAAGUCAGGCGCCUUGGAUGACGCCCUGAGUGACAUCUUAAUAAACUUUAAGGUUCAUGAUUUUGAAAAGUGGAAGUGGCGAUUUGAAGAUCAUUUUGGAGUGGAUCCAUAUGACGUGUUCAUGGUGCUUCUCUGUCUGCUGUGUGUGGUGAUGUUAGUGGCCACGGAGCUGUGGACCUACAUUCGUUGGUACACGCAGCUGAGACGAAUCUUAUUCAUCAGUUUUUUCUUCAGCUUGGGAUGGAAUUGGAUAUAUCUAUAUAAGCUGGCUUUCGCGCAGCAUCAGGCCGAAGUCGCCAAGAUGGAGCCACGGAAUAACGUGUGUGCCGAGAAGAUGGACUGGGCUGGAAGUCUCUGGGAGUGGUUUAGAAGUUCUUGGACCUAUAAGGAUGACCCAUGCCAAAAAUACUAUGAGCUCUUAGUAGUCAACCCUAUUUGGUUGGUCCCACCAACAAAGGUAGUGGCAGUUACGUUUACCAGCUUUGUCACGGAGCCACUGAAACACAUCGGAAAAGGCACUGGCGAGUUUAUCCGAGCGCUCAUGAAGGAGAUCCCUGUGUUACUCCACAUCCCAGUGCUGGUGAUCAUGGCCUUUGCUGUCCUGAGUUUCUGCUAUGGUGCUGGGAAAUCUAUUAAUAUGCUGAGUUUGUCUGGAGGUCCUGAGAGACAACCACCUGCACUUCAGCCAGGUGACAGACGACAGCCCCGGGAAGUCGACUAUAGGCCCCAUGCAGGAGCAGGUGAUGCAGAUUUCUGUUAUAGGAGCCAGAUUGGGCCCAGUGAGCAAGGCCCUUGUGAAAACUCAUAUGAGGGUAGAAGAGAUGUUUUGAGAGAGAGAGAUGUUCACUUGAGAUAUCAGACUGGCAACAAGAGCCCCGAAGUGCUCCGGGCAGCCGACUUACCAGACGCAGAGGCCAGAGAGCGCCCCGAGGUGCCCAUUCAUAAAUCACCCACUUUGGAUACAAAGCCCAGAGAGACCGGCGGAGCCCCAGCGGCGCAGACGCUGAUGGAAAGCGGCCCAGAAGGCGGCCCGCGGGCGGAGACCGGCUCUGACCUGGGGAGCACCGAGCGCCAGGAAGGCUGCACCGCUGCUGGGGAGAAGGCCCCGCCCAGGACAGACGCCAGAGGCGGCCCCGCCGCGCCCGGGUCGGGACCGAGUCUGGAAGGCAGCUCGAGCGGCUAGGGGGGCCGCGGGGCCUCUGCUGGUUAAGUAUCGGCUUCCACAGCUGCUUGCUCCCCUCUAGGCACUGCACGGAGCCGGCCAGAAUUAACAAACACCUGUAUAUACCUUUAAACACCACGUUUGAUACGGAGACAUCGCAGGAAACUUAGAUGUGCUAAUUGGGGGCAGCUGGUGGCGGGCACCACACUCCCCUCGGGGCGCAGCUGUCUGGGCAUCUGCAGCGGCCUGCGCCUACCCGGCCGACUGCCCUGAAGCAGAUGCCCCCAGGUGGAAGUACUUACUAGGCUUUUAAGGGGAGGCCCGGGUAGCCAGUUCACCUCACUCUUCAGGCACGCCUGCUCGCGGCGGCGGGGGUCGCGGGGCCUGCACCCACACAGCCAGCAGGGUCACCCAGCGGCUUGACCCUUCGCUAGAUACCACUGCACCUUGUGUUAGAGCGAACCAAGGCUCCAAUUGGCAAACAUCUUUACAUAGAAAAGACAACUGAAGAGAGUACAGUGUGAGAUGAUAAUUUAAGCUAUUUUGAAACUUCUCAUUUGAAGCUUUUUGAAAAAGCAGUUUAUAUAUUUUAUACAAAUUAAAUAGCAAAUUUCACUUAUAUCCAUGUAUCCUUUGUUUUAACCUUUAUACAAGUAUGUUUAGCUGCUUAACAUGAAAUCAGAAUACCCCUUUUGGGUUCUCAGAGGCAUCACGAUCUUCUGUGUCGGUAUUUUCUAGUAGAUUGUAGCAUCAUCUUCAGUAUUUUAUUAAGUUAUUUCCCCCAAAGUGUGUGUUUGCAGGUAUUGUAGCAACUCGCUAGUGCAGUGCCUGCAGUCUGGGAGACGGUGACGCCGGCUCGGAGCUCGGCCUGGCCUCGGAGCGCUCCCAGGGAAACACGGGUGACGGCGCAGGAGCGUAACUGCUGUUUGCACUACACCUGUGUGCUCACUACAGAUAACCACGUGGGGUGCAGCCACGCAGGAAAGACAAACAGGACUCGUCACCGCUGGUUAGGGGGCUUGUUUGUGUCCUAGUCCGCACUUAAGUUAAAAUCAUGGGCUGUCUUAGGUUCCUGAGGAAACCAGAAGGGAGUAGGCAGCUUUUGAGUUUUUAAUGAAAAAGAGGUUAAAUAUUUACAGGGUCAAGAACUAGCACAUACACAACAUAAACGUUUUGUCGUUGUGGCUUGGUGGCCGUGUUGCUCCCUGAAUGUCCCUUACCCUACAGCUGAUCUUGGAGUCAGGAGUAACCACCCCCCC